AUGCUGACAUUAUUUCUCUCGUUUAUCCUUGCCGUUGGAGUGAUGUUCUAUUACGCGGAACAGGAUCGGAUACAGGAAGAAAUGGCUCGACAAACCCGCGAGGUCAUCGAAAAAAAGACACGAAGUGGUUCGGAUGAGUUGAAGACCGCCGUCCCGACGCCCACUCCUCAACAAUCAGAAAGCGUGGCGAUGAAGAUCGGAAAGAACGGGGAAACACAGUUGAGGUCGGUUGAAGCAAAAGAGAACAACGAAAAGACGGCGAUUUCAACAACCAUAGCUCCUCACUCAUCUCGAGCGCUUUCUCGACCAGAACUCAGACAGCGAAUCUCAAGCGAUGUAGCCGCUUACUUGCACAAGACGUUCGACAAAUUUUGCCAAGUGGGUGCAAUUUUAUUCUUGAAAAAUCGC